AGAAUUAAUUAAUUGCAUGUACUAAUAGGAAUUAAGGAAUUUAAGUUCUAACUUUUGGGUUAUGAAAAAGGGGGUUCAUGGUAGAUAGUAAAAUUAGUGAAUAAAACCAUGAAGUUAGAGUUAAUAAUUAGUUAGAAAUACUUUCCCCAUAACUAUAAUAUGAUACCAUAUUCAUUUUAUGUUCUAAUGUGUUGAGAAUGUAAGCUUUUGAAAGAAAAUGGAAGUUAAAACGUGUUUUUUCCAAAUCUGGGUUGUUAUUGCAGCGCACAGACUUUGAACCUGUGCAAAAGGUCAUGCACUGGUCCAAAUACAAUGCUGGAACAGGUUUUUAAAAGCUGCUGUAUUUGAACCGGUGCAAAAAGCCCAGUUUUCUAUUUUUGAGCCGGUUGCACCAUAGCAUAAAAUAAUUAUUUUUAAACUUUCUCAACGCAUUAGACACCUUAGAAAUGAUAAUUGAACCCUGAAUCAACGUGCUAUCAUAAGAAUUAAGAUUAUUAGGUACUUAAAACUAGUAAAUUAGUAUGGGAUUUGGGAAUAAACUUAAAUAAUUCAUUGCUUAAGAAAGAAAAUGUAAAUGGGUUUGGGACAUUGGUAGCUAGAUUAUCUAUAAGCGAGACAGUUACUAGUGUCCCUUUAUUUAGUUUGAGCAGGAUAUUUUAGUUGAUCAUUAUACUUGAAUUCUGGUACAUACAUUAUUAUGUGCUGAUUAUAAUUACAUUUUCUACAUGGUCACUGGGACGCCACACGAGCUUCGUAUUAUAGUCAAUCGCGUUUGUUGGAUUUCGCAUUAUAGGAAUCCACAUGGUAAUUUAAUUAAUAUGCGAGAAUCAUGCUUCGCCUUUGUCGUGUUGGGUGUUAUGGAGUCACUUUACGAGAAGAAGAUCUUACUCUCAUGUCAAGAUGUAUUUAAUCACUUGACGAAACCAAGUGAAAAGGAGAAGGACAAAGUGAAAGGGGCUUCAAUUAAAGAUACCUUGGUGUGGAUUAGGGACAAUGGCUGCAUCUUGGAACGUGACUGUCCUUAUGAUUUUGAUGGAAAGGUCACUCCAUUUGAAUACAAGCGCAAGCCAUGCCUUCGUGUGCAAACUUUUUUUAAAAUGGAAAUCCCUUUAAAACCAAAUAAGCGCCUUGAAAAAGAUCUGGAAUGGGAGAUACAACAGGGACCUCUGGCUGCAGAAAUGCUUUGGCUUCCGGGGAUGGAAAGAAUGACUGGAGAGGUAUAUUCUGGACCGGUAGAUGAAACAGUUUUUGAGAAAGCCGAAAAACAUGGAGUCAUGCUGGUUGGAUUUGGGGAGACGAUCAAGAAUAACAAAUUGAUCAAAUUCUGGAUAAUCCAGAAUUCGCAUGGAGAAAAGUGGGGCGAAAAAGGAUUUGGAAGGAUUAAUAGAGCACCAUGCCACGGGAGACUGUUGAUUUAUUCAGCUUGGGUUAUUCGGGGUGUUACGGAUAUUAUGGACAAAUAAGUCUAAGGUGACAUUUUUUUUAUUCGGGGUGUCAAGUUUUUAUGGUAAUGUUAGGAUGUUAGUUAAAAAAAGAACUAGGAUGUUAGUUAAAAAGAAGAAUUAAAUGUUAGGACUGCUUCUAUUUUUAUGUUUAAGAAUCCUUUGUUAGGACUAUUUCUAUUUUGCGUUGUUUAAGAAUUAUUAUAUGUUAGGACUGUUUGUAUUUUGUGUCUAAGAAGUAAAGCAACAAAGAAUUGUUUCUUUUUUUGCUAGAGUUAUAUGUUGUGCUGUAAGUAAUGCUGUUUGUAACAUCCUCUAUUUUAAUUAAUUAGAAUCCCGUAUUUCAAUUUAA